AUGCGCACCGAUCCAAAUAUCAUCAUCACGGGCACGCCUGGCGUCGGCAAGACGACGCAUGCGGAGGUGCUAGCGGAGCGGACGGGGCUGCGACACAUCUCGGUGAAUCAGGUGGUUAAGGAUAGGGAGUGCCACGAGGGUUGGGAUGAGGAGUUUAAGAGCUGGGUUGUUGAUGAAGAUAAGCUACUCGAUGCGCUAGAAGAAGACAAUGUCAAAGCCGGCGGCUGCAUCAUAGACUGGCACGGGUGCGAGAUCUUCCCCGAGAGCUGGAUCGAUCUGGUGGUAGUGUUGCGGGUAGACUCGAGUACGCUAUACGACCGAUUAUCCUCAAGGAAAUACCCCGAGAUGAAACUACAAGAAAACAUAGACUCGGAGAUCAUGGAGGUGCUGCUACAAGAGGCGCGGGAUAGCUACGACGAGCAGAUCAUCGUCGAGCUAACGAGUAACUCGACCGACGAGAUGGAGAGUAAUGUCGAUCGCAUCGAGGCGUGGAUUAGGCAGUGGAAGCAGGAUCAUGCUGCGGAUGGGGAGCAGUAA